GUGAACAGAGGAGACAGUGUGUGUAUCGGUAUGUAAGCACUCUCGAUCACAGAUGUUUGGAAAGACACUGUUUAGGCCCAAACGUUAUGAGGUGUUCACUUCGGAAAGUUAUAAAAAUUACAAUAUGUCUGUUUAUUUUAGUAUUUUCGAUUAUUUUAUAUUUGCAUGAUAACUUUGAAAAAAGUUUAGCACAGGGACAAAGUUUGGGACAGAAACAACAUGGCGUCGUCGGACCUGUUGAUCAGCAUUCGGACAUUGAAUUGUCGCGGAAACAGCGAAAUGCAAUGUCGGUAGAAACUAUAAAGGAUGAUGCGAAAGAGAAAAUUCCAAAAGUGCAACCCAGUUUAAAAUCGAAAAACAAAAGGACAGAAAUUGAUGACAUUUUCAUUGCCAUCAAAACGACCAAGAGGUACCAUGACCGUCGUCUCAAGCUGCUGCUCAAUACGUGGGUCGCCCUCGCUCGGGAGGAGACGUACAUCUUCACAGACGGGGAUGACAAGCUGGAUGUUCCAGAGGGUCAUCUGAUCAACACCAAUUGUUCCAACAGUCAUUAUAGAAUAGCACUUAGCUGUAAGAUGGCUGUUGAGUAUGAUUUCUUCAUGAUCACAGACAAAAGAUGGUUUUGUCAUCUUGACGAUGAUACCUACCUUAAUGUGCCUGGCUUAGUAAAGCUGCUUCAGACGUACAACCAUACAGAUGACUGGUAUUUGGGCCGCCCUAGUCUCCGACAUCCCAUAGAGGUUAUGAAGCGAUCCAACCCAGAGCAAAAGAUAGCUUUCUGGUUUGCCACCGGUGGAGCUGGGUUCUGUAUUAGUCGCAGCCUGGCUCUCAAAAUGAUGCCGCAUGCAAGUGGAGGGAGAUUUAUGACAACUUCUGACAUGAUCCGCCUGCCUGAUGACUGCACUGUAGGAUAUAUCAUCAACAACCUGCUGCAGAAGGAGUUGACAGUAAUUGACCGUUUCCAUUCCCACCUGGAGGCUCUCUGGUGGAUACACAAUCUAACGGACCAGUUGACAUUCAGUUACUCGGACAACAACAUUGUACACAUUGAUGGGUUUUCCAAGGACCAGGAUCCCACCAGGUUGUACUCCCUCCAUUGCAUGCUGUUCCCAGCCUCAGAUAUAUGUGAUACUCUCAGGAAAGGACUCCCCAUAGCAUAGGAUACACCCUACACAAUAGGAAAGGCCAGGGUGCAUAAUCCAGCAGGACAUCCUACCCAGCUGUAAUAGGACUGACCUGGUAUCAUUUCUACAGGACAUCCUACACAGCUUGAAUAGUACAGGUUCAGUACUAUUUCUACAGGACAUCCUACCCAGCUGUAAUAGGACUGACCUGGUAUCAUUUCUACAGGACAUCCUACCCAGCUGUAAUAGGACUGACCUGGUAUCAUUUCUACAGGACAUCCUACCCAGCUGUAAUAGGACUGACCUGGUAUCAUUUCUACAGGACAUCCUACCCAGCUGUAAUAGGACUGACCUGGUAUCAUUUCUACAGGACAUCCUACCCAGCUGUAAUAGGACUGACCUGGUAUCAUUUCUACAGGACAUCCUACCCAGCUGUAAUAGGACUGACCUGGUAUCAUUUCUACAGGACAUCCUACCCAGCUGUAAUAGGACUGACCUGGUAUCAUUUCUACAGGACAUCCUACCCAGCUGUAAUAGGACUGACCUGGUAUCAUUUCUACAGGACAUCCUACCCAGCUGUAAUAGGACUGACCUGGUAUCAUUUCUACAGGACAUCCUACACAGCUGGAAUAGUACAGGUUCAGUACUAUUUCUACAGGAUAUCCUACACAGCUAGAAUAGGACAGGUCCAGUACCAGGACAUCCUGGGAAAGGCUGGGGUGUAAAUGGCAGUGAGAAAAAAGCUUUAUGUGAUACUAGAACAAUUUGACUCAUGUACAUACUAUUGUAAUCAUUUUUAUUUUGUCUUCCUUUUAUUUUGUAAGAUGUGAAUUAAUUAAAGUCGUAUUGAAUAUUGCAGAUGUGAAUAUUUCUCAUCCAAAUUGAGACAUUUAGAUUCCUACAAUACAAGUAAUACCUUUCUGAUUUGUUCAUCAAAGAUGUGUUCUGUUUCCUGCUAAUGAAGGCUGGUAGUUUAGACUCUCAGGAUGAUUUUUAUUGUGCCUGUGUUCAAUGUUGCUGUACAACUGUGUACCUAAUAACUUCCACCCUUUCUGUAUACAACAUUUUACAUGAUAGCAUUGAGUUAUAAUAUCACACUCUUCACCCUCUAUUUUACAGUGUUAUAUCUACCAUUUCAAUCAAGUCCUGAAAAGAAGCAAGUAAUUCUAUGUAAAAUUAACGAAUGAAAAAAUAAGCAAUUCUGAAAACGUGAGCAUUUGACUCAUGACCGGCAGAUAUAUGAAACACUACAGAAGAGUAACCAAUGAUAUACAUCUAUUUUUUAUGAAACUGUUAACAUUUCUUCUGAACCAUGUUGGAUAAGCACAAGGAGUGUGUUGAUCCUGCUAUUUUGAUAUUCCAUGUAACAUUUGAUAACCUGUUUUUAUAUAUUGUUUACCAUGACUAGCAAUGAUGACCUACUGAUGCCACAGUUGUAGGAUCACUGUCAUUGUUUGGCUUUGUUCUGUUUUCAAUAACUCCAGAUGUGAUUGGGACCACUUUAUUACAGUAUUUUGUAAAUUUUUACGGGCCGGGUAUUUCAUUCAUGCGUUUAGUUAAUGUCCUCAACAAUGGGAAAAGCCUGCUAUGAAGCCAAAAACCUAUCCCUGUCUCUUCAUUUUGCAUUUAUAUAUUUGACGUAAGAAUACAUGUUGUGCAUAUCACUGACAAUUUGAUCUCUUCCUUUGGAAGUACAUGUAAGCUAAAGAUAAGUAUGGUUUGUACUCUGCACUAUUGUUUUUCAACCUUUCAUAUUUUAACUAUUUCUUCUGUGUUCUUUCAUUAAGAAAUCCACUUAUUCUUUAUCUAGUUUGCUCAAUUUAGGUUAAUUAAUUAAAACAUUGUUUUUGUUUUAUUGAUGUUCUAAUAACCAAAAAGCAUAUAUUCCACUGUGAGUAAUAUAGAAUUAUUCAGUCAUUUUCUUGAAGCCAAUGUGUUCUGAAAUGUGAUUCACUGGGUUCUUAAUGUGAUUCACUGGGUUCUUAAAUGUGAUUCACUGGGUUCUUAAGUGUGAUUCACUGGGUUCUGAAAUGUGAUUCACUGGGUUUUUAAAUAUGACUCACUCGGUUUUUAAAUGUGAUUCACUGGGUUCUUAAAUAUGAUUCACUGGGGUCUGAGAUGUGAUUCACUGGGUUCUGAGAUGUGAUUCACUGGGUUUUUAGGUCACUUGAGCUUUAGUGACCUAUUGCUAUCCGUUUUCGUCCGUCAUCGUCUGUCGUCCGUCGUCCGUC